CUGCUUGCACGACUCGAGGGCAGAAGUUCUCUGAAGAAUCUUGAACCUUAUCUGUUUGCUGAGGAAGGAUCUCCUGUUCAUGGAGAUGUGAUUGAAUUCCAUGGCCCAGAAGGGACAGGAAAAACAGAAAUGCUUUAUCACCUAGUGGCUCGCUGCAUCAUUCCAAAGUCAGGAGGAGGGCUGGAAGUAGAAGUCAUGUUCAUCGAUACAGAUUACCACUUUGAUAUGCUUCGCCUGGUUACCAUCCUUGAGAACAGACUGGCACAGAGGACGGAAGAUGUGAUAAAGCAGUGCCUGGCAAGGCUCUUCCUUGUGAGCUGCAACAGCAGCACUCAGUUGCUCUUCACUCUCUACUCUUUGGAAAACCUGUUCUGCGCUCACCCCUCGCUCUGCGUGUUGCUGUUAGACAGCAUAUCAGCUUUUUAUUGGAUAGACAGAAGCAACGGAGGGGAGAGUCUUACCUUGCAGGAGAUGAAUCUGAAGAAAUGUGCUAACUUCCUUGAAAAGCUUGUGAGACAGCACCACUUGGCUCUCUUUGCAACAACACAGACACUUAUGCAAAAAUCUGCAAACUCUGCAGAAAGCUUUUUCCCUUUAAAAUGUCCACAUGAAACUGAUACAGACUACAGACCAUAUCUCUGUAAAUCAUGGCUACAAAUGGUAACCCACAGGAUAUUUUUCUCUAAGCAGUGUAAUUCUGGCAACAGCAAAGGUUUUACAGUUGUUUCUUGCCACCUCAAAAGGAACCAGGUAGUGAAACGUUCCUUUAGUGUUGAAGAAUGUGGAGUUCAGUUUUAA